CACCUUUGCGUCUGUCGUCAUCAGGGACCCUUCGUCUGACGGGAUCCACACAGAUGCUGUGCACGAAUGUAUCUGUAGAAGUGAGAGGUGUCUGCUCUUUCUUCAGAGAUGGAGAAUUCAAACCUGACCUGUGUCAUAUGCCUGGAGCGUUUCCGAAUCCCUGUAACCAUCCCCUGCGGUCACACCUUCUGUCAAGUAUGCAUCACCAUUCACUGGGACACCAAGAGCAAGUCUGAUAUCGGACCUCAGUGCCCCAUCUGCAAUGAGAAGUUUACCGCCAGGCCCGUUCUCAAGCGUAAUGUGUCCCUGUCAGUCCUGACUGAGGCUGCAAGCAGCACCGGCGCCUCCUGCAGAGAGUCGCUCAUGAGGGGAAGCGAAGGGGCGAGAGCCAUGCUGCUGUGUGAUCGGCACAAAAAGCCUCUGGUUUAUUACUGCAGGCAGGACAAAAUGUCUGUGUGCUGCGAGUGUGGCAUCUCUGAAUGCUUGAACCAUGAAAAGGUCUUGUUGGAGGCAGAAAGGGAAAAUCAACAGCUGCUGCUGGAAAGGAAGAGUAAGGAGGUGGGGAAACUCGCUGAAGAGACACAGAAAAGUAUAAAUGACUUGGCUGAGAAUAUCAGUCAAGCUAAGGUGGCUCUUCAGCAGACUUCCACCUGGGUCAAUGUCAAGUUCUCCACCCUGAUAAAAAUACUGGCUGAGAAGCAGGAGGCUACAGAGCUCUUCAUUGAGGAGCAGUCAGACGCUGCCGUCAGAGAGGCGGAGGCGCGGCUAGCUGAACUUGAGGAGCGAGCUCAAAGACUCAGAGAGAGCCAGGAACAGAUAGCAGCUGUACAUACCCUCUCUGAUACAGAGCUCAUUAAGGAAUCAAUGGUCAUAGAAGUUCCACGUUUCAAGGACAUUCCCACAGAUGUAACGCAAACCCUUCAAGAUCGAUUAAACGGUGUCACAGAUGUCCUGUCCCGAGUCUCCAAGCUGGUGUCUGAGGACCUGGACAAAGCCGUGAGCACCGCUGUGGGUCAGGACAAAGACGGUUCUCCUCAGGAUAAGAGGCCAAUCCUAGCUGUGGUUCCCAGUCCAGCUGCUCCAUGCCACCCCGGUGGGAAGGAGGGCCUCAAUGCUUACCGAUGCUCUCUGACCUUUGACCCUCGCACGGCCAAUGCACACCUGUCUCUGUCCCAGGAGAACCGGAGGGCGGAGCACCUGACCUCUGGUCCACGCCCCGUCCCAGCCCAUGAAGCCCGCUUCGAUCACACUUGGCAGGUUCUGUGCUUUCAGGGCUUCACCCACGGACAGCACUACUGGGAGCUGGAGGUGUCGAAGCCCUGGGCCUACCUCGGGGUAACCUACGAGACCAUCCCCAGGAAGGAGAAGGGAAAGAGGUGCAUGGUGGGUAUGAACGAAUUGUCCUGGAGCCUGCAGCUGGACGAGCAUCAGCUCAGCGCCUGGCACAAUGGCCGGCGUGAGACUGUGGCCGGCCACUCACAGCACAGCCGCAUCGGCAUGCUGCUGGACUACGAAGCGGGGACGCUCACCUACUACGGGGACGGGCAGACCAGGCUCCACGCCUUCCACUGUGCCUUCACCCAGGAGCUGUUCCCCGCCUGCUGGAUAGGAGAGGGGGUCAGCAUCACCCUCUGCUCUACAUGAGCUGACUCACAAGGAAGCUCAGUAAUAAGAAGCACUGUCAAACACGGGCACUAGCUGACUAAACAUAGAGGAUACCCCUUAAAUAUUCAUUUCAAUUCUUUUUUCUAUUUACAGUGACUGCCUUCUUUCAUUGAUUUAAGCAGAAGAAGUAGCUGUGAUGGACGUUCCCUCCCCAAAAUUGGCCCCCUGGCUUUAGCUUAUUCACACUUACUACAUGACAAUAACAUAGCUAAAGAAGGUUACAAACUCUGGUCCUAAAGGCUCUAGUUUAAGGACAGCGCUACUUACUUCUGGUUUGUUUUGCUUUUCUUCAAAGUAUUUGUGAAAUAACCUUCAGUUUUAGAUAGAUGUCUGCUUUCAGGUAGGAGCAGACCAAUCUCCAGAAACUCAGUACGUCAGACUAAUUGUACUUUCACUACACAAAAAUUAGUUUCCUUGAUCUGCUGCAAGGCAAGAUGCAUUUCUAACUCGUCAUGAAAUCCACAUGCAUGCUGAGGUCACGCUGUUGUACACUGAGUGAUUAGUUAGAAAGCAGAGCUUCUGAGGAGCAGUACAGUGGUAUCAGGUUAUCCAUGGUGUCGCUGUAAGAGUGCUGAACUACAACUAAACUGACUACACCUGCGCUAGUUUCCAUAACCCCCCCAAGUGUUAAAUAAGUACAAUUUGGUUGGUUUUAGAAAUACACAACCUAAAAAAGGGAGACGGUGUGCGCUGCCAACUUGAGUAGCACAUCAGAUCAGAUUUCACUGUGCGACUCUAGUCUGUUUUUGAAGAAGUAGUUAGAAAUAAUUUUUGGGAGAUCUGCUUUCUUGCUGGGAGUUAGAUGGUCAAUACCACUUUUGUGUCUGUAGGUUACAUAAGAAGCUACAGCCAGGAGUUGGUUAGCUUAGUGAAAGACUCGAAACAUACAGAAACAGCAGUGGAGACUCCAGGAAGUCACUGCUCUAAAAAAUUGUUGAGCACACGUCCCAUAAAACCACAACCUGUCUUUUUACAAUGUGAGUUUUGCACAGAUUAAGGUUCUCAUAUCACAACAGGGUUGUAUAAUGAGAUGAAGUUUGUCUGUUCCCUUUGUGAUACUCACAAAGCAAAUGUUAGAUACAAAAAUUUAAACAUUUUAAACAGGAAAUAAACUACUGUGCAUGGUGCAGUGUUGAGGAUGAAUUAGUUAGAGUCUCACAGCCCUGGGGAAGAAGCUGCUCUUUAAUCUUGUGGUACGACAGCACAGCAGUUUUAAUUACCCGCUGCACAUCCCAUGCCAGUGUGUGAUGUUUCCAGUCAGGAUGCUUUCUAUUUCUCUUCUGUAAAAGCUCACAAGAACUUGGCACAGGAAUUUGGCCUUCUUUCUCAAGGAAUUCAGUUGUUUCUGAGCUUUCUUCACCAACCUGGAGAUGUGAGACGACCAUGUCAGAUUCUCUGUGAUGCUGAUUCCCAGGAACCUGAAACUGUUCACCUGCUCCACCUCAGCACCACUGAUGUAGACAGGAGUGUGUGUCUUUACCUCCUUUUUCCUAAAGUCAACCAUCAGCUCCUUGGUUUUGCUGAUGUUGAGCAGUAGGUUGUUCUCUGAGCACCACUCUGCAAGAUUAUCAAUUUCCUCCCGAUAUGAAGUCUCAUCGUUGUUUGAAAUCCGGCCGAUGACGGUGGUGUCGUCUACAAACUUCACAACAGAGUUCUCUUCAUGUCGGGGGAUGCAGUCGUGGGUGUACAGCGUGAACAGGAGGGGGCUGAGCACACGGCCCUGGGGGGGGCUCCCGUGUUGAACACUAAGUGGAGGAGGUGAGUGUGCCAAUCCAAACUGUCUGGGGGUCUGUUUGUGAGGAAGUCCAAUAUUCAGUUGCAGAGCGUGGUACUCAAGCCCAGAGUUUGCCGAUCGGCUUCGUGGGGAGAUUGUGUUGAAUGCUGAGCUGAAAUCCACAAACAGCAUUCUGAUGUAGCUGUUGGUUUUUCUCAAGGUGUGUGAGGGCUGAGUGGAGGGCAGUGGAGAUGCCAUCCUCUGUGGAUUUAGAUGGAAGAGUUUCUUCAGAGGUACUGGUUGAUGGCUUGUGUUACCUUUGGACAGAAACAGAUUAGCUGUUUCCAGUCUUUAUUCUAAGCUAAGCGAACCAUUAGGCAUACAGACAUGGUCUCUCAGCAAGAAAGCCAACAAGGAAUUUCCCAGGUUUCCUCUUGGGAUCAGAGCCUCUAAUUUACCACGGCCUUUUUGCUAUAAGCAUUGCAAAAACAAGGCAUUUGUUGAGGAAGUGCUAACACAUAACUUUACAAUAUUGGCCAUGCUGUCUGAAAAUCUGGCAGUUCUCCUGGUUAUACUUGAAUUCUGAAAUUUUAAGUUCAAGAAGAGGCCUACAGAAGAAAAACUAACAGUACUGUUCACGUGUGCACAAACCUCUCCCUAUUUCUCCGAUUUUUCCCCCCUCCUUAAACAAGUUCUUAUCUCUGGUUAGAAAUCAGUCCAAAGGAAAGUGGGAGCCAGUUAAUCACGUGAUGCGUACAGGACAAUAAGGCACUACAGGAUAGUCUGAUUACAAUUCAAAAAAUAUAUUGUCCUGUUAAAAGUACCCACCCCCUGUUGUACAAUAAGCAAUGCAGGUGAAACAAAAUCGUGGGUUGCUCAUUACUACUGAAAAUGGAACGCCAUUAUCACCAUGGGACCUAAGCAAGAAUGCACAAAGAAAUCGCCCUGCCUGUACAGUCUUAAACCUGUGAUGGAAUCUGCUGUACUGUACAAAUGUUUUUAAUGGGCUUUUGGCCAUUUUCUUUUAUUUUUUUUAAAUCAUGAGCACUUCAAAGGCAUAGCUGUAACCUUUGGAGUGUUGAGGUACUCCAGGCUCAGGGCAUCAUGCAUCAGUCUUUGGGAAACUGCUGUGGAUUUGCACAAGUUGUCCGAACGUGCAGACGAGGACUACUGACUGAGAAGGGAAAAGCACAUUUCCAGGCUGUGUUGGCAUAAUGAUGUAAAAUGUAACCCCCUCCUGCUGACUCUGGAAUAUGCUGAUGUUAAGUAUGCGAACACACUAUGCAGUGGUCAAAGUGGAAUACCCAUCAUGUGUGAAAUAGUAUAGAAAUAAAGACCGACAGUUCUGUUUCACAUGAAUCAAGAUCCAUUUAAUAAAAUCCAAUCCAAUGCAUACAUGCAUUAGUUAA